AUGUCGCCAACACAGUUUUCAGCUCUUCCCGCCGACAUUCUCCUCCAAGUAGUCUCUUACGGUCUUGAUAUCGACGAUGCAUUCUCACUCUCCAUGGUCAGCAAGUAUUUCCAUGCAUUAUCAGCAGAACACAGCUUCUGGCUUCCUCCUCUCCAAUUCUCCAAGAUCUCAAGACCGCUCCCAGUUCCCACCGUCACUGACUUGAGGGAAUAUUCAAGCUCGGCUCUGAAGAAACUAGCGCUUCAUGCUCGACGUCUAACGAGGAACUGGGCUGCCCCACGACCGGUUGUGACUGGGCCGAUCAAGUCGAUUCCGGUUGGUGUCCAUAAUUCCGUGUUAUACUGUCUGCCUGGCACGGCAAGUGGGGCGAUUGUGCUCUAUUCAUUAGAAGACGGCACUGCUGUGUGUCUCAAUACUCAGACGGGGCAAUUUAGCUCGCCAACCCUACUGGGACGAAUUCACGAUAUGUCGUCACCAAUCGAGCAAUUGGAUAGUUAUACUGUUACAGUUUUGGUCGACAAUCAGAAAAUUGUCGUCCUCACGGCCUCCUGCUCUCCCAACCCGCAACUGCGGAUCAUUUGUGAAUGCGAUCUUGAGCUGGGAUACCAGUACACCUCCGUCUUUAUGAACUCAUUCUGCGCUGGAGUGGUCCGUGCUAGCCUUGCGGCCGGGAGUUGGCUUGAGCUGCAGACAUUUAGCCUGGAGAACCCCAUGGUGUCUUCAAUAGUCGUAACAGAUUGUCCUGGUUAUCGCACUCUCGGCUCUGCUGUAGUGAACGAUGCGGUAUUCAUUGUGGCGCUCCAGCAUCGACAAGCCGCAGUAUAUGCGUGCCCUCGAAGAUUGAUGGCAGGCUCCGAUUCGUCAUCAAGCGCUGACAACGACAUCGAUUUUACGCUCGGACGCAACCACGUCGGGCACAUUCCGUCCUCGAGCAACUCGUCUACCACCAGCUUAACUCACUUUCGUGAUUAUUGCGUGCUCUCAACGGAGCCGUACUCUGGACGCAGCACGAUCUCUGUCGUCCGUGGCUAUGCUCCUGAUUCCAGAGUGGACACUCCGAAUGAUGUUCCCCUCCUCCGAGCAUUGGAGAUCACAUUCUGGCCACGACCCAAUAACGGACCCGAAAUUCAAGACGCUUCACCAGCAGACUACGACGCUUGGGAAAAGGGUCUUCAUAGAAAGUUACUUCCAGCGGAGACAAUCACUGUUGAGGGCGGACUCAGUAUGAACGAGGGGAAUGCCUGGGAGCUCCUGGUUAUCGCCAAUUCGGGACUCGCGGUCUUGUUGCUCGUUGACCCUCCCUCCAAUGACGAGCCGGGCACGGACUCCUUCGAGCUGCGGCACCCGAAGUUGAUGCUCGUCAGAUUUGACCCCGUGUCGCAUAUCGCGUCUCAGCAUGAAUUGGUCCUCCCAGAAGAGGCUCUCAACACACGAGACAUCUGCGCUAUUGCGCUGGACGAUCAUCUGGGGGUUGUUAUCCUCGUCACGGCGGAUGAUGUUCUGCGUAUCAUUCCUUACGCAUAG